CCUUCCCUUACGGGACUUACGACUUACCCUCCCACACCACAACCACGCGUAUAGCCAAAAGAAAAAAAAAGCAAGCAACCCAACUGGUAAACACAAAGCAACCAUUCUAACAAAUUUUCCAAACAGUGUGAUAACAUCACCUAUGGGGUCACACACACCCGUACACCCCUUCCUCUAACUCCGAGAAAAUCUUCCAAAAAACUUUCCUCUUUCGAUGAUCUUUCCCAUCUUCUCAAUUUCCCUUUCUCAUCCCUUAGAUCUUCUUCAAUUUUGGCACUUACCUGCUUUUUCAUUCAAUUCCCACAUCAAUUCCAUUUGAUUUUAAACCAAAACAGAAUUGACACAAGAAUCACACAACUAACAGGACUUACAAUCACUUACCCAGAUCCAAAAACUUCAAUUUUUAUUGAAAAUUCAGUUUAGGAAAAUUCUGGGUUUCAAUUAUUUUUGGUUGUUGAAUUCUGGGUUGUUGAGUUCUUGAAAAAUCGUUUGAGUCAACUCAAUUCAAAUGCCGGAAGAAGAUCUUGUUGAUAUAAAGUUCCGGUUAUACGAUGGAUCAGAUAUUGGUCCGUUUCGUUACUCAUCCGCCUCAACUAUUGAGAUGUUGAAGGAGCGAAUUGUUUCCGAGUGGCCCAAAGGAAAAACUGUUAUACCAAAGGUGGCAAAUGAGAUCAAAUUGAUAAACUUUGGUAAGAUAUUGGAGAACAAUAAGACUGUUGGCCAGUGCCGGGCACCUUUUGGGGAGCUUACUGGAGGAGUCAUGGUUAUGCAUGUUGUUGUACAACCAUCUAUGGCAAAGACUAAAGCAGGAUGAUACUCCCACUUGUUAACUUCGGUUGUGUUGUUGUCUGAGCAGAAAAGAAGAUCGAAGAGUCGAAGAAAUUCGUUUGCUCAUGCUGCAUUAUGUAGGAAUGGAUCCAGUCCCAUCAAGUAGGUGGUUAAUGUGCAUCAAGAGUUGGAGGCAAGAGGUUGGUGGAGGUUAUUUUAAAAGCUGUGUUUUCUUUAGCCCAUGUUGUGUUCGAUUCCAAAUCGAGCUUUGUCUCGGCAAGAUUUAUCAUUGUACCCCCAUUGACUAGCUGCUGGCCUCCUCAUUUCCUUGAAAGCUUUGCUUUUUUUUUUUUUUUUUUUGGUGUACCGGUAACACGAAGCUGUAUAGAGCUAUUUGCUGUAAUCCAAGACCACAAUUAACUGUGAAGAAUAUAUAGCCGUUGUGUGUGUGUGACUGAUGCUAAGGUUAAAAAGAAGUGUGAUCGUUUUUUUUU